AUGGGCGAUGGACUAGAAUCUGGAGCAGGUCUAGCCUGGAGGUUGUUAGCGACACUAGAAGGCGGUUCCCUGUUUCUGGCAACAUCAGCACUGAUAGCCUACACAGCGAGAGCGAGGGUAAAAAAACAUAAGCGACGACGCAAUGUCAACAGUGUUCUGAUAACAAACACAGCAAAUUCUCUAGGCAGAGAAGUGAAACGAAGAUUAGAAGAUUGCGGCUGUGUGGUACACACAUACGAGUCGAGCGGCGCGAACAUUCCCGCUAAAGUCGACGCUUUGCUUGUCAUCGGCGCUGAAACACGUCCCGGCUUGGAUGGCAUAGUCGAACUUGUUUCUACUGAUGUCUAUGAUAAUUUGAAGUUAUUAGAAACCCUGUCACUAAUAGUACAACGUGGGGGCUGCAUUGCCUGGGCAUCAGCUGGUGUAAGAAGUGACACCUUCAGUGAGGCAACACACGCAUUUGACGCGGUUCUUCGUGCUAGUUUAAAAUACGUCUCGAAAAAGGCUCGUUGUGAAGCGAUUUGGAUCGAUCGAGACGAAUGCGUAGAGCGUGUAGCGGAUAGCGUUAUCUCUACGCUCGUGCCUUGUGACACCAGACAACGCGUACAAACCCAUCCCGUUUAUCGGAAUAUUGCAGUACAAAUAAGUAAGUUCCUUGCAAGAUGGCUGAAGAAAAUCACUUGA